UCCCCCAACAACAACCCCUCUACCUAGGUAUCUACGUUAUCACAAUUGGCCCUUCACUUUCUACCCCAUUUUUCUUUGGACCAGUCACCUCCGGUGUGACUUCGAAUUUCCGUUCCAAUCAGAUAUGCGGUGACCGACGAGAUCGCGAGAGAGCACCUGUCCGCAAUGGACGCCUAUCCUGAAGACUACGUCACUCACAACCUUCCGUUCAUAUUGCUCUCCGGCCUUGAACCAGAGCCCGAGGAGGAGCUGGAAAUCGUGCGGACCGAUUAUCCUCUUUUGCAUGAGAAGGGCGCGAAAGUAUACUCAGAUUUCCCGCCGUUGAGCGGCUCGGUUGCGGAGGAACUGCGACGUGUACUUCUGGAAGAAGAUGCAUCGCGCUUGGUAGAGAGUCCUAGAGACGAAAGUCAUACAGACUCAGCAAGAGCUCAAUAUAAAAUCAAAAGUGUUGGACGGUCUUAUAGAUUACCUCCGCGCAAAGCUGAUCCCCCACCCGUAUCCCCGCCGACAAGUCCUGUAGCCGGCCAGGAGAAUGAUGUACCGCGCGGAACCUCGUUCAUACUUCACUCGCCUAUUUCACCUUUGACUCCAUCGUCGCCCACAUUUCCUGAUGGCUUACUUACGCCUUUGUGGGUCACUAAACAUCAGGGCCUCGUUCCCGCGGCGGUGAUCAACUUCUUUCCGUUUUGCGCAGACCCUAACAUGAGCUCGCUGCGCGACAACCAACUCAAGAUAGAGAUCAAUGGAUUGAAGAAGGAAUGGCAGUCAUCAGGCUACAAGACUCGAUUCUUAGUUGUUCUUUUAUCCGAAGACCCCGAGAACAGCUACUACGGAGAUGCCGAGGACCGGGCAGCGGGCAUUCGGAGAGCGACCAAUCUGGAUCAGAAGUCACUUUUCCUUCUCCCAUCCGAUGCCACGACGAUGGAACUGAAGGAAUUCGCAACGUCUUUGUUAUCUCACCUGCAACCAUCCGUGAUAGAAUACUAUCGAGAUUUGUCUAAACAUGCUAGGAGAAAGCGGAACCGAGGAACCAUCCCCCCACCAACAGCGCCACCGACUAGCGGUACUUCCCAGACCUUGUCGAGUCAGGGUUGGAAUGUUAGAUAUGAAUUCAAAUUGGGGAUCUUCGCGGAGUUCCGUCGAGAAAUCGAUGCAGCAUUGAGGAACUACGAGAGCGCGUACGAAACUCUGUUCGGCCAAGAAGUCUUUGAGUCUAUCGCUGGCUGGAAUCCUCGGUUUAAUGAUGCGCGCUUACUUGGAGACGCCCUUGCCAUACGAAUUAUACGAUGCCUCUUGUGGAUCGGGCAGACCGCCAUUGCGGUGCGGGCAUGGGGCAACCAUCGAACACGUUCACACGAUAUCCUCAACCGCCGCGGUAAAGGAACGAAGAAUUAUGGAUGGGAGGCGUGGGAGGCUCGGUGGUCGAUGGUCAUGGCACAGCUCAUACGUCAGGCCAACAUUCCUCAGUUUACCUCCGUGGGUAUACCGCAAGAUCAAUUCCAGCAGCAAUAUUCGAUUUUUGUCCCCCAAAACAAAACGAAUACCACCCUUGAUGCUGAAGUACCCUGGGAGCAGCUUCACCAUGAGGGAUACUGGCUAUAUCGAGCAGCCAAACACGCCAACUUCCGACGUAUUUUGGCAGAGCAGAUUCCAGAAGAAGACCGGAUGCCACCUGGACAAUCUCCCGCCUCUCAGAUAGCGAACAAAUCUUACAUGUACGACACAUAUCUGGUACCAGAACCACAUUCCGAGGCACCUAGGUCGGGGACAAGCGGCUUCAAUCACUUUGCUUGGAGACUAGAUGCGCUAAAAGCAGCCUUAGAAGAAUUUUCGAAGCGUGACCAGAUACGGAAAACGGAAAGCAUUAGCUUGGAAAUAGCUGAAGAAUACAUGCGUGUGGGACUGUGGCCGGAAGCUUAUGCAAUUCUUAAAACGUUAUGGCCAACCUUGACGUGGCGACGCACUGGCUGGUGGCAGUUAAUGGAGAAGGCCGGCUGGGCGUUGAGAGAAAGUGCGUCACAGGUUGAUGACGGUGACCUGAUGUUACGAGUUGACUGGGAGUUGCUCAACAAGGCUUUCACGCCCCGGCCCGAUUGGCAUUACGAUAUUCAUCGGAGUCUCGAAAACCUUCCCUUGGUAAAACCAAAGCCAUCGGUUGUUCUGCUUGCAGAGGAUGUUGUUUCAUGCGUCACGGCAUCAUUUGUUUUUCAGAAGUCGGAAGGCAAUGUCGGCGAGCCACUAAAGGGUCAACUGGCUAUCACAUCGUUAGCCCACGCAUCAUCAGCACCCAUCAGAUUCUCAGAAAUCAAAAUUGCUUUCGAGGGGUGCCUGCGCCCAAUCAGGCUUCAAUCAAAUGGCGACCAAGAAAUUGAUACUAUGACGCCGUGUACAAUAACUUCGCCGUCUCUGCGUGACCCAAGUGUGUCGGUAGACCAGUCCUCUAUCCAGUCACCUACUAUUGGCUUGACAGCGCUGACCGGCAUUGCGGGUCUGACCAUUGCCCCCUCUCAAACAAGGGUGUAUGAUUUGACAUGCAUUCCUCGAGAGGCAGGAGAUUCACGCGUGGCUUCAAUAACACUGCUUAUUGAGGAAGAAAAGUUUGACCUUGCCAUCGCUAUUACUGAUAACAACACAACCCAAGCGUCGUGGUGGCAGACGGCCUCAAAAGGCCCAACACGACGACGUGUCGGCAAAGGUCGAGAUCCUGGUCGGUGCAAGAUCCUGCCGAAGCCGCCGAAGAUACGUAUCUCUGUGCUGAACAUGCGAGAUACAUACUAUACAAACGAGCAAAUCAUCCUUAAGGUUGACCUUCACAACGAGGAAGAUGAGGCUGCCGAGGUCUCAGCGGAAACGAGACUUUUCGGUCAUCCAGAUUCCAAAGCCAAAAUCCGAUGGUCAGAUGAAGCGACAUGCCCCGAGACGCCGAGCUCUGGGCAGAGCACACCGACUGAAGGGGUGUCACAUUUCAUCAAACGGCCAAUAGGAUUGAUGGAAAGCUCGAGCCACCGAGAAUUGGCAAUCGUUCUAACCGAUACCAGCGAAGCCUCUAACUACGAACUCGAAAUAUCCACAGUUUACAACCUCGUGUCUGAUAUUCAGACACCAAUCAUCGCAACAACACGGGUUGGCCUAACUAUAAUCCGACCUUUUGAAGCCAACUAUGAAUUCCUUCCUCAUCUUCAUCCAGAGCCCUGGCCGGACUUCUUCACCGUUGACGAUGACCUGCUCCCCAAUGGAGAGGUAACAACACCUGGAGGGCUGCAGCAGCGAUGGUGUCUGAAUUCAAAAGUUGUCUCUUUUGCGUUGGAGCCUCUCGUCAUCGAGAAAAUGUCGGUUGUGAUGCUUGGACUCGGUGGGGCAUCAACCUGCCAUAUCGGCUCGGAGCAGGUUGUUAGUCCUGAAGCUGUUGAAAUCCAACCCGAGGAACUCCGGGAGUCCAAUUUCGUUCUAGAUCUGCAGAAGGAGAUUCUGGGCGACCGACGGCCUACUGCCUUGACUCUGGCCCUUGAGAUACGAUGGAGGCGUAGCACAACCGAAGAUGAUGGCUCUAACUUAGAUACCACCACGUCGACACUUGCUAUCCCCCGAUUCAUGAUCCCGGCCGGCGAGCCUCGGGUACUGGCCUCGGCGAAACCUUCCAACGCUCUUUCAGGACUGAUUCACCUCGAGUACACGCUGGAGAACCCGUCAAUGCACUUCCUCACUUUCAACCUGACCAUGGAGGCUAGCGAGAAUUUCGCCUUCAGCGGACCCAAGACGAUUGUUGUACAACUGGUACCGCUGAGCAGACAAACAGUCCGGUAUAACCUACUGGCCUCUAAACGGGGUUUGUGGAUUCAGCCACAGCUCGUUAUAGUAGAUACAUACUUCAACAAGACUCUUCGGGUCCUUCCGACAGAAGACAUGCGAACGGAUAAGAAAGGGAUUCUGGUCUGGGUCGAUGCUGAUGACUAGAACUUAGCGGUAAGGGAAAGAUCUAGGUGGAGAUAAUCUUGUAAUGGUUCAAAUGAAGAUCUAGGUUGGCUCGAAAGAGAUACUCGUGCAGUGGCUGCAGAAUGUUCGUUUGGAUAGACCUCGGAGUGUGUACAUACAGUGUGAUGAAGAUGAAGAUGAUGAUG